AUGGCUGAAUUAGCCAAACAGUUUGAAUAUGCCAUACUAACGAUCAGUGAAAUUUUGUCAAAUAGUGAUUACUGGCUCAAUAUUGAUGAAGAGUUCACUAUUGAUAUAUUUAAAAGAAGAUAUCAAAGCAAUUUUCCCAAUAUAAAGGAAGCAUUGGAUCUUUGGAUAGAAAAUGCAAUAAGUGACAAAGUAACCUUAACAGAUUCGAUUUUAAAAGAAAAGACUAAAAAAUUUGCUAUUUUGUUUGAUAAUUAUGAAUUUGGCGCAACUAAUAGGUGGUUAGAAGAAUUCAAAAAGAAAAACAGUUUAAAAUCUUAUAAAAAAAAGGGGGAAGCUGGAAGCAUCAAUUUGAUCAAAUUACCUGAGCAACAUAUAUAUUUGAAAUCGAUUUUAGAAGAAAUUGAAGAGGUCAAAAGAAAAAUAGCAGAUCUCAUUCAGCGUUUGCCUAUAGAUGAACCAAUGAACAUAGAAGAGUAUAUGGAUAUUGACAAAAAUUCUGAAAUUUAUUCCUUUAUUGAUGAAAAUGGUUUAUUUCAAGAGAUUAUAGAUACGGUUAAUCAUAUUGAAAUACUAGAAAAGGAUAAACCUUCUGAAGAACAAAUUGUAACAAGCUCUGAAGCAUUGUUGGGAUGUGAUAACAUGCUUGCAUACAUUGCACAAAAGAAUUUGAAUGUUGACUAUUCCAUUAUAAACACAUUAAAUAAGUUAAGAAAAGAAAUCUCCUGA